AAACGCACGUGCAUAAUCAAAUUUUAUGUUAAAAAUAUUGAAUUGAAUUUGAAACGAUUAUAGAAGUUAUUCUUGUUAUGUAAAAAUGAAAUGAAUGAAGUUAUUGUGUUAAAGAUAAAUUAAAAUUUAAACAAUGGAAACAAAUGAACUAAAUUAUUUUGAAAGUUAUGAAGAUAUUGAGAUUCAUGAGUUAAUGCUUCGCGAUUCACCUCGUAACGAAGCCUAUCGCAAAGCAAUCGUAGCAAACAAAGAUUAUAUACAAAAUAAAAUUGUUCUGGAUGUCGGAUCAGGUACUGGAAUUCUUUCUGUGCUAUGUGCACAAGCAGGUGCUUCUAAAGUAUAUGCAGUUGAGGCUAGUAAUUAUGCGGCCGUAACAAAAGAGGUUGCUGCCGAAAAUAAAUUUGAAGAUAUAAUCGAGGUGAUCAAUAAGAGAAUUGAAGACACAGAAUUACCAGAAAAAGUUGAUAUAAUAGUAUCAGAAUGGAUGGGUUUUUAUUUAUUACAUGAAGGAAUGUUAGAUUCAGUUAUCUAUGCAAGAGAUCAAUUUUUAAAACCUGAUGGUUGUUUAUUUCCCCAAGUAGCUAAAAUAUAUGCGGCUCCAUGCAGCAUGCCAUCCAUGUUUGAAUUCUGGGAUAAUGUUCAUGGAAUUUCUAUGCAAUCUGUUGGAAAAAUCAGUCGGUUAUUUAAAUCAUUAAAACCGGAAAUUUGUGUAAUAAAUUCAGAUGAUGUACUAUGCGAUCCAAAAUUAGUACGUUCAUUUGAUCUAAAAACUAUUCAAAUCAAGGAUUUAAAUGAUAUUCAAUUAAUUGACAUAGCAGUUGCAUCAAAGGAAGGCACUUAUCAAGGUUUUUGUUUAUGGUUUGAUGUUGAGUUUCCUAAUUUUGUUAAUAAAACGGAGAGCCCUAUCAUUUUAUCAACAAGUCCAAAUGAUCAACCAACACAUUGGAAACAGUCUGUUGUGAUUUUACCACAAGAAAUAGAAGUUGAAGAAGGUACACCAAUUGCAUUUGAAGUAAAAUUAACACGUUGUGAAGAUAAUAUUCGACGAUAUAAUAUCGAAUUUGCAUUGUUGGAUCCAAAUGAGAUUGAACAUCCCAUGGGAUGUGAUUGUUUUAUGACAAAAUGUAUUGUAGCCAAAGUAUUCGUACAGAAUCAAUCGGAAAAUACUGAGAUCAGUACAUAAUUUGCAUGGAUAGCCUACUUAAGUUUUAAGGAUCGUGCGAGAUUUCAUUGUGGCGUUACGUCCUCAAAUAUCACUUGUUCCAAAUUAAGCUGUACCAAAGGACAUUAUAUAACAUGCAUUUUAAUGAUUAAACAAUGAAACAACCAAAAAAUAUUAUUGCGUCCCGAUUACUUCUUCCGGUAAAAAACGGACACUGAAUUUCUUACCCAUUUCCUAUUCAAAUAAAUCAUAAAUUAAUAUCACUAUUCAGAGGUGGAUUAAGGCUUAGCUCGGUGAGGUCUGGGCCUAGGUGAAAAAUUGGUGGAAAAAUUUAAGGGGCGCCGAAAUUUAAAAAGUUAUAGUCAUUUGUUCGAGCAGGGCGGUACAUUGAUUUUCGAAUAUUAAAAAAUAAAUUAGAAGAAAAACAAAAUUUUUUGAAAUGGACCACACACCGGAUCCCAUGUAUUUCGUUACAAGAAAGAGAGUGGGGACAUAGAGCGCCAUCACCAUCAAAUCUGCGACUGCACUCCUAGGCUUGUAACUACUUGAAGAAAUAUAUUUCGUACUGUAUUGUCUGCAGCUGUACUUUGUGGAACUUACAAACACUGUUUGAUAAUGCCCAUAAUGUUGCGAAACAUAUGUUACACGUUUGUUAUUUUAAUUUAAUAAAACAAUAUAUCUGGUUGAACUUU